AUGUCUGCUCCUUUACCUCCUGGAUGGGAAGCUCGUCAAGCUCCCAAUGGUCAAUAUUACUACAUUGAUCACAACAACCAAACAACCACAUGGGAAGACCCACGCCAGAGCAAUCGAGGCUACGGUGCUCCACCACCCAACUAUGGUAGUUAUCCUCAACCCCAACCCCAACAAGGAUACACUUCUCCACAAGGCUACAAUCAGCAAGGAUACCAGCAACCACCGCCUCAAGGAUAUCCACAACCACCUCAAGGGUAUCAGCAGCCACCACCUCAAAAUAGCUAUCAAGGUUAUCCUUCGCCUCAACAACAGGAUCAACAAAGAGUGCAGCAGCAGCAGCAACAGCAAAAGCAAAAGCCUGGCAUGUCCACCGGUAUGAAGGUAGCAGCAGGGCUUGCAGUAGCAGGGCUUGCAGGCUUUGCUAUUCACGAAGUAGUUGAGCAUGAGGAAAACGAAAAUGACCGUAUUACUCGUCUUGAGCAAGAAGAGAGAGAUGACAGAUACAACGAGAACCGUGGUUAUAACCAAGGUUACGGUGGCGGCGGAGGCUAUGGCGGUGGCGGAUAUGGUGGAUAUAAUGAGAGUGGCAAUACCACUGUCAUCAAUGAAGAUAAUGGCUGGUUUGGUGACAAUAAGCAGACAAUUAUUCAAACAGAUCAAUACGGCGAUACAAUCACAACAGAGAGAAAGGAUGGCUGGUUUCAUGAUGAAACAACAGUGACUGAAACUGAUCGAUAUGGAAACACUACAGUUCAAGAGGACUCGGAUUGGUUUUAA